AUGAGCGGUGCUUCUUCAUCUAGUGGCCUGCGAACGGCUUUCUCCUACUGCGUACAGCAAGUACGAAAUUAUGACUAUCAUCAUUAUCUUUGUCUUCUAGAACUUCCACCAAACAUGAGGAAGGCUGCUUUUGCACUCCGUGCUUUUAACGUUGAAACAGCCAGAGCUAUGGAUGUUGCUUCCGAUCCUAAAAUAGGUCUUAUGCGCCUGCUAUGGUGGAAAGAAGCAAUUGACAAGAUCUUUUCUAACAAAUUAAUUGAGCAUCCCGUAACUCGGGCGCUUGCAUCCGUAAUAUCUGAACACAAAGUUAGCAAGAACUGGCUGAAACGAUCGGUCGAAGCUCGAAUUAAUGAUGCCAAUAGAGAGGUUACUGAUAUUCCCGAAACAUUGGAAGUGUUGGAACGAUAUGCUGAGGACACUGCAUCAACUAUCCUGUACUCGACGCUUCAAUCAGGUGGUAUCAGGUCCACCGUAGCAGACCAUGCUGCAUCACAUAUUGGCAAGGCGAGUGGCCUUUUAUUGCUCCUCAAGUCUCUGCCAUACCAUGCUAGCAAAAACCGUCAUUUCCCAUACAUACCUGCUGAGGUGGCAGAAAAGCACGGGUUGUUGGUAAAUCAUGGUGGACAGAAGGAAAUUCGUCUGGAUUCUCGUGAGGAUCUAUGCAAUGCAGUAUUUGACAUGGCAUCUGUAGCUAAUGCUCAUUUGCUGAAAGCUCGGGAAUUACGUGGAACAGUUCCGACUGAAGCUCUUCCAGUGCUGUUGCCAGCUGUGUCUGCCGAGGUUAUUCUGGACACAUUAAAGCGUGUUCAGUUUGACGUGUUUGAUCCGAGGUUGACACGAGGAAUUUUAGGGAAUCCUCCUUUGUUGUUCCAGUUGAAACUGAAGUGGUAUUCAUGGAGAGGAAAAUACUGA